UAGUCUCUAUAUUAUGAAAAAGAGAGGAUCACGCAUUAACCCCUAUAUCCACCAUUAUAAAGUUUUCAGAUCAGGAAAAAAUAUUCUGUGUCCAGAAAAGGUAUUGUGUGUCCAGGAAAAAUAUUCUUUGCCCUGGAAAGGUAUUGUGUGUCCAGGAAAGAUAUUCUGUGCUCAGGAAAGAUAUUGUGUGUCCAGUAAAGGUAUUGUGUGUCCAGGAAAGGUAUUGUGUGUCCAGGAAAGGUAUUGUGUGUCCAGGAAAGAUAUUGUGUGUCCAGGAAAGGUAUUGUGUGUCCAGGAAAGGUAUUGUGUGUCCAGGAAAGGUAUUGUGUGCUCAGGAAAGGUAUUGUGUGUCCAGGAAUGAUAUUCUGUGAUCAGGAAAGGUAUUGUGUGUCCAAGAAAGGUAUUCUGUGCUCAGGAAAGGUAUUGUGUGUCUAGGAAAGAUAUUCUGUGCUCAGGAAAGGUAUUGUGUGUCCAAGAAAGGUAUUGUGCCCAUGAUGUUUUAUGUCUAGGAAAAGUAAUAAAGGAAAUAUUAUAAUUGUAAAUGACGAGAAUACCUGUAUUGUAGAGUUUAUAAACAAACCCGGUUUCCAGGUAAUUAACUUACCUAGACAACCUUCAUGAAUAAUUUAUAAACCUGGGUUUAAACCUCAGCAGUAGGUUAAAGGUUUUUACACAAACUUUAAACAAAUUUUUAGUUUAGUGAUUAAAUAACAUGACUUAGUUGAAUGGGUCAAGAUUAAAUAUAUUCAGUUAAUAAAGGUUCAAAUGAUUUAACAUCAGGGUUUAAUACAGGGUUUAAUAUAAGCAGAGAACAAUUAUACAUGGUUUAAUAUUAGCAAAGAACAAGUCUACAGUGUUUAAUAUUAGUAGAAAACAAGUAUACAGGGUUUAAUAUUAGUAGAGAACAAGUAUAUAGGGUUUAAUAUUAGUUGAGAACAAGUAUGCAGGGUUUAAUAUUAGUUGAGAACAAGUAUGCAGGGUUUAAUAUUAGUAGAGAACAAGUAUACAGGGCUUAGUAUUAGUCUAGAACAAGUAUAUAGGGUUUAAUAUUAGUUGAGAACAAGUAUGCAUGGUUUAAUAUUAGUAGAGAACAAGUAUACAGGGCUUAGUAUUAGUCUAGAACAAGUAUAUAGGGUUUAAUAUUAGUUGAAAACAAGUAUGCAGGGUUUAAUAUUAGUAGAGAACAAGUAUACAGGGCAUAGUAUUAGUUGAGAACAAGUAUAUAGGGUUUAAUAUUACUAGAGAACAAGUAUGCAGGGCUUAGUAUUAGUAGAGAACAAGUAUACAGGGCUAAGUAUUGGUUGAGAACAAGUAUAUAGGGUUUAAUAUUAAUAGAGAACAAGUAUGCAGGGCUUAGUAUUAGUCUAGAACAAGUAUAUAGGGUUUAAUAUUAGUAGAGAACAAGUAUGCAGGACUUAGAAUUAGUAGAGAACAAGUAUAUAGGGUUUAAUAUUAGUAGAGAACAAGUAUACAGGGUUUAAUAUUAGUAGAGAACAAGUUACAAGGUUUAAUAUUAGUAGAGAAUAAGUAUACAGGGUUUAAGUAAAAAACAAGUAUACAGUGUUUAGUAUUAGAAGAGAACAAGUAUACAGGGUUUAAUAUUAGUAGAGAACAAUUAUACAGUGUUUAUUAUUAAAAGAGAACAAGUAUACAGGGUUUAAAAUUAGUAGAGAACAAGUAUGCAGGGUUUUGUAUUAGUAGAGAACAAGUAUACAGGGUUUAGUAUUAGUAAAAAACAAGUAUACAGUGUUUAGUAUUAGAAGAGAACAAGUAUACAGGGUGUACUGUUAGUAGAGAUCAAGUAUACAGGGUUUAAUUUUAGUAGAGAACAAGUAUACAGUGUUUAGUAUUAGAAGAGAACAAGUAUACAGGGUUUAAUAUUAGUAGAGAACAAUUAUACAGUGUUUAGUAUUAAAAGAGAACAAGUAUACAGUGUUUAGUAUUAGAAGAGAACAAGUAUGCAGGGUUUAGUGUUCGUAGAGAACAAGUAUACAGGGUUUAAUAUAAAUAGAGAACAAGUAAACAGGGUUUAGUAUUAGAAGAGAACAAGUAAACAGUGUUUAGAAUUAGAAGAGAACAAUGUAAAAAAAAUGUUGAUUCUUAUAGAAAAAAAAUAUACAGGAUUUCAUUUUAGCAAAAAAAUAAAUCAAAAUUGAUAUUUAGAAGUUAGGAAAUUUUGUUAAAACCUGGUAGAAAAUGGAGUUUAAGAAAUGGGCUGUACAGCCUACUUCUGAACCUGGCUCCGCUAGAUCCAACCUAAACAGUUCAAGGUCUAGAGUUGUCUCACGACUGAUGACUACAAGAGAUCAAGAGAUGACUGGGUCUAAGGAGAAAUUAUCUGAAAGCUUCUCUAUGUCCCAUGAAUCCUCUCUGCAGCAGGAACCUAUAUCCUUCUCAGAGGAGAAAAAUUUAGCUUCAUCAGUUGGGGCUUCUCAAUACUCAGAUGGAAGGGUGGAUACAAAAAACUCAAGAUGGUUGGUUCCUCAGCCUGAGAUUCAAGAAGAUGAAGUCAAAAAGAAUUUUGAUCCUGAUACAGUAAACUCAUCCGUAGUACCCUCUCCUCUCCGUCCUAUCAAGGUUUACUUGAGAAUAGGGUUGUUGGUUGGAGCAUUCCCGGCUGAUGUCGGAGAAAGAUAUAUCCAUUACUUCUUCGAGUUCUGUGAUGGUCGAACUUGGUACGUGAUGUUGGUUCUAUUGUUGUGGAUGUUGGGAGGGGUUGGUUUAAUAGUUUACUGUUUAAUCAGCAGUACAACAUCUACAUUUAUCUCUAUUUUCCAGAGUAAGACGACCUGGACCUGGAUGUCAAUGACCUCUACUGAUCAAUUGGUUCUACUCUCUAUUCCAGUUGUGUCAUUAAUCUUCAUUCCACUUCUUAUAGGAAUGUCUUGGAGCAGGAUAAACUCUCUCAGUGAAAUUUGCGAAAACUUUGUAACUAACGGAUACAGGGUUGGAUUUACUCCAUCAAACAGAACCAUGAGUGCUCUAGCUUAUAGGUAAUAGGUAUACACGAUAAACUAUUUUGGUUGGGAUUGGGUUCAGCCACAUCAAUCAAACACGAUCUCCACGAUCUCUACAGUGUAAACUUUUAAAUGGAUUUAAGUUCAAUUGUGGAAAUAAACCAGAAAUCCACAAAUAGAUGAAGAAGAAGUGGUUUGAAAUAUUGGUUGCUGUGUCCAAGACUCAAAUCAAACAGCCAGGGCCGGGAUGGGAAAUCGACUGAGCGCAAAAUUAACAGACUUAAAAUUUUAAAA